AUGAUUAUCUUAACUACGGUAUAUAUUAUUGUACACAACAUUAUGUUCAUUAUGAUUUGUAAUGGUCUCAACAUGUACAACAUUGACACUGGUCCAAGGAAUAACGACACAGUCGCUAUAAUCAUAAAUCCAAAGUUUACUGGAAUUAAAAAUAAUGAAAUUUGGAAUACUAUUGAUGGGCACAUUCAAAAAUUAAAGCAAGAUGUAUUUAAACAAGCUGGAGUGUCCGUCGAAGUUUAUACAAAAACAAACAUCAAACUAUCGAAAGAUAUGGUUUCGAUCUUCAUUGUAUCAUACUGUGAAGAUAUUUGGGAUUUAUACUAUAAAGCUGAAUUCGAAGGAAUUCACGGAUUACUGUAUAUUUCAAUAACAGAUACUGACUGCCCUAGACUACCAACCGAUGAAGCAAUUACUAUUCCUUUGACUACCCAUCAGUCGGAACUAUCUCAAAUGAUAUUGGAUUUAAGAAUGUCUAACGCGUUUUCAUGGAAAUCAGCAAUUUUAAUGCAUGACAAUGCUAUUGGUGAUAGCAUUGUACAACAUAUAGUUACCUCAUUGACAAAGCACUAUCCAAGUAAUAUUUUAUCACCAUCCGUAGCUAUAUUUGAAAUCUUUACUCAAGGAUCUGAGUGGAAAAGGAGGAAAUUAUUUAUGGAAGAUCUUGAACAUUUCUUGAAAAUAAGUGAAAUGAAUUCAAAUUAUAUUUGCAUUGUUAGCAUUCAUUAUGUACCUUUAAUUCUAGAUGUGGCUAAAUCAUUGAAUUUAAUGACUGCUGAAAAUAGUUGGCUAAUUAUUAUUCCCGAUUUAGAUUCGUCUAGAAGUAAUAUGUCAUCAUUUACAAGUCUGUUGAAUGAAGGAGAAAACAUAUCUUUUAUUUACAACUCUACAAAAACAGAUUCUAAAUGUAUUGGUGGUAUUUUAUGUUUGGUGGAUGAAUUAAUGUCUGUAUUCAUAAUGGCCUUCAGUGCAUUGAUUCAACAAGAAAUAGAGUUAUCACAACGAGUAUCGGAAGAAGAAUGGGAUGAAAUUAGACCAUCAAAAACUGAUAGGAGACAAUCGAUGGUGUCGUUCAUGAAGUUACGUUUGAACGAAUCCGGUGUAUGUGAAACAUGCCCAAUGUGGCACAUUGAUUCUGGUGUUACGUGGGGCCAAGAGCAUUUUGGUCAUGGAUGUUAUAUUAUUCCGGUGGGUUAUUGGAAUACAAAAACUGGUUUAAAGCUAACUGAACCGCUUUUCUUACAUUUGGCGAAUGGUUUCAGAGGAAUAUCAUUACCUAUUGCUACUUUUAAUUUUCCACCUUGGCAAAUCGUAAAUUUUAAUAGAAGUGGACACUUAAUAGGUUAUAGUGGUUUAGUUUUCGAUAUUGUCGAUCAAUUGGCAAAAACAUUAAAUUUUACUUAUAAUGUCAUUGUCAUAUCUAACUCGGACCAAAUGAAUAUUACGAGAACUUUAUUUACGCAAAAUAAUAUUUUGGGUGACUAUGAUGCUGUGGUUUCAAAACCAAUAUGGGAUAAAAUGAUAGACCUUAUUCGAUCCGAAAGAGUGUUUAUUGCAGCAGCAGCAGUUGCUGUAAAAGAAUCAAACCAGGUAUUUUUUAACUAUACAACGCACAUAAGUCUAGAGCCACAUCACAUUUUAGUGGCUAGACCAAAGGAAUUAAGCCGAGCUUUGUUGUUUACUGCUCCGUUUACGUUAUUGACUUGGUUGUGCAUAGCUGUUGUGGUUGGUUUAAUGGGGCCUAUAUUGAAUGUAUUUCAUAUCCUUAGUCCAUACUAUGAAUAUCACAGUAUAACAAGAAAAGGAGGUCUUAACUCGCCAUUAAAUUGUUUUUGGUAUGUUUACGGCGCACUGUUACAACAAGGAGGAGCUCAUUUACCUGAUGCGGAUAGUGGUCGAUUGGUAGUUGGCACCUGGUGGCUAUUCGUUUUGGUCAUCGUCACCACUUAUAGUGGAAACUUAGUGGCAUAUUUGACGUUUCCUCAAAUGGAUACAAUGGUAUCUAAUGUGGCCGAUUUGAUGGCUCGUAAACCUCAAGGAUAUUCUUGGGGAAUACCGAAAACAUCAAAUUUACAUUCAUUACUCACCUUAUUACCAGAUGAUACGAUGGUUAAAGAAUUAAUUAAAAAUGCAGAACAUCAUGAGGGCUUUGAGGGGUUAUCACAGCCGGUAAUAGAAAGGGUAAGAUCUGGUAAACAUGCAUUCAUUCACCGUCGAACCAACUUGAUGUACAUUAUGAAGAAUGAUUUUCUUAAAACUAAUAGAUGUGACUUUGCUAUAGGAAAUGAAGAUUUUGCAGAAGAAAAAUUGGCAAUGAUGUUAGCAAAAGAAAGCCCCUAUCUUAGCAGAAUAAACAGAGAAAUUGAAAAAAUGCAUAAGGUUGGUCUCAUAAACAAAUGGUUGGUAGACACUUUACCCAAAAAAGACCAAUGUUGGACUAACAUACAAUUGGAAGUAACAAAUCAUAAAGUAAACUUAGAUGAUAUGCAAGGAUCGUUUAUUGUUCUGUUAUUGGGUGUAUUAUCAUCAUUGGUGUCAUUUGUAUUUGAAUAUUUAUUAGACAAAUACAUAAAUCGACGUCAAAUAGUAAUAACUCCAUUCAUAAACUGA